AUGCUGAUGCUGCCAGUAUGCAUCCACAGCAUGAAUGUGUUCAGCUCUGACCGACUCGAGAGAAAGCGGGAGGAUACUGCGGGGAUCCCCGCUUUAUCGCAGUACCUCGCGAAGGACCUGUGCCAUUUUGCGGAGCUGCUGAUUUUUGCAAUACUUUGGACUGGCAUCUAUGGACCUUUCUCAAAAGUGGUUGCGAGCCCCUGGACACUGCUUCGCCUGGCGGUAGCCCAGUGUUACAUGGCCUUCGGUCUGUCCUUCUUCCUGUCAGUGAACCUGACAAGCCAGAGCACAGCCACAGUGACCAUUAUGCUUCUGCUAGUUGUGGCGCAGCUCUGCUCUGGAGUUGACCUCAUUGCUUUUGGAGAAGUUCAGAGCACGCUUUGCGGCAUAGGAUGGGUCAUCUUCAUCCUCUCCCCGUCCUUCUACACGGUGGAGAGAAUUUUGCCCAUCUACCUCUUCGAGGGCGUCGAACAGCCUAUCAGACAAGCAGUGUGUGACGGCUUCCUGCAAAAGAAAGGUGUGAGCCCCCUGGCCUGA